AUGCGGGACAAACUGCUCCUCACUUACCUGGUUGCAGACGUCCUCUUUUUGGGAGGCGGCGCCUUAAUUCUCACCGUUGCCUUGACGGCCAGAGAUAAGAUUCGAUCUGCGCCGACGCUGGAUAAUGUCGCAGAGAGAUUGCUGCUUGCUCACUGUCCCCAGCUAGGAGAGAUUAUCAAUGCCGGAUUCGUCUUCUUCACGUUCCUCCUUUCGAUCCCAGCCAUUAUUCAAUCAAAUGAUCGGAUAUGGAUGAAAAUCCACGGCUGGAUGGUUGUGAUAAGCGGAUUCAUCACACUGAUCAUAGGAUUGAUCAUCUGGUUUUUGACGUUAAGGACAAGGUCAACAUUGAGCGAUGCGUGGGGAAAUGAGACACCAGAGGUGCAGAGCUUAUUGCAACAACGAUUUAAUUGUUGCGGCUACUUGAACAGCACCUCGCCGCCAUUUCAGGUCGAUAAAACGUGUCCGACCGAUCUCGAUGCGGCACAAAAACCAGGAUGUGUUGGCCCGUUUUCCAAUUUUGCGAACAGUUUUCUGGAUGUGAUUUUCACUGCGGACUUUGGCAUAGUUGGUAUGAAGACUUCCAUGUCGCAGGAUGAUGUGUUUCAGAGAUCUGUGGAUGCUGAUUGUUCUCGUCUUUUAGCUAUCGAUGCUCUUCUACUUCUCUGUGUUGCAAUGGUCCUCAAAGACCGGAAGGAGCGCGCAAGAUAUCGGUUGAUUGACUCCAAGAACGGGUUCGGUACAAUAUAA